UCAAGGAUCCAGCAUCCUGUUAUGGAGGAACAAAAGUGAAGGUGUAAACUAUCGAAAGUCACGUUACAUGUUUAUGCACCGUGAGGACGAUCCAUCCGAAUUAAAUGCACCCGAUGGGCCAACGUUCAAGCCUCGCAAAGCAAUCCCUGCUGAGAUCAGAAGAUAAUACAACACACUCUAGACAUCGCAUGAGGAUUCUUUUAUAUGGGAAAGAUAAUGUAACACAGACUCUCCUCCAAGAUACACACGGCUUAACGCGGUUGGUACUGAAUAUCUCCGACUGGAUGGGGAAGGGCUGACGGCCUGGUUCCAUGGUUGAGGAUACUCUCGUUUCCAAUGACACGACAGACCGACGUCUAAUUAUAGAGGAUCCACAAUAUAUCUAUCGAUUACUUAAGUCUCACAGCGAAUAUGCCUGAUUGGAAGACGGAGUCAACAUCGAAGGAGGAAGUCAAAAAUGCAAAUAAUGACGGCUUAGCCUUUCAAGUAUUGCUGGUAGUGUGUUUAACCGUGUACGUCGUGACUGCCAUAUGGUUACUACUAAGAUCCUAUUGUCUGGCAUACUCGAGUCUAGCCUUCGGAACCACUGAUCCCGCAAUAGCACAUGUACCUCCCCAGGACAACAUGGAAAGACGAUUAGACUGUCUGGAAAGAGUUGCCCCAACCAAGCCCUUCAAAAUCUGGUGGUUGUCUGUUCAAACGAUACAAUCCCCACUAAAGCAAUCGGAUCAUCUAUUCACAUGUUCUAUUUGUCUUGAUAAGGUCCGCAAGAAGGACCCGAUCCACACUCUUCAAUGCCACCACGUGUUUCACCGAGAGUGCCUAGAGAAUUGGUUCUUGGGGUUUCAUAAUCAGUGUCCGAUGUGUAAAAAGCCUUUCUUCGAAGAGCUUGAUAUGAACCCCGAAUGUGCAGUGUAGGUCCGCUUGAAAGUUCGGGAUUGAUUCAAACAUGAGUGUUCGGCAUAGCAAAGCAUGAUACGUUCUUGAUCAUGAUUCAUUUGGCAUUAUUUCAUCCAAUAGGAAGCACCUACCAUGAACCUCUUUCUUGUUGGUUUCUAAGAGUGGAGUUGAGCAGUGACUCGUGCGUUUUUUUACGGCUAGCAGGCAUCGAU